AUGCCUCCAAAAGCAGCAGUAGACAAGGCCAAGCAAAAAGAAAGAGAAAAGAUUGCCGUUGACAAGACCUUCGGCUUGAAGAACAAAAACAAAAGCAAGGUGGUGCAGAAAUACAUCAAGUCGAUCACCAACAAUGCCUCGGGUGCACCCAAAGGCGGCAAGGAACAACAAGAAAGAGACGCCAAGGAAGCGAAGCAGAAGGAGUUGCAAAAAGCUGCACUGAUGAACUCCUUGUUCAACAUGUCCACUGACAAGAAAGGCAGAGCAUUUGACCCAGUAGCCAAGAAAAAGGCCAAGCAGGCGGAAGAAGAAGCGCUGGCGGCGGGGAAGAAGCUCAAAGAUGAGGAGAAGAAGGACAUCAUCGAAGGAGUUGCCAACACCAUCCGCCUGACGAACCCCAAAACUGGCAUUCGAAUGUCGGAAAUUGGCGGUCAUCCCAUCAUCCAGGCCCUGAAAACCAAACAUGCUGAUGCCUUCAAGAUCCUGCAGUUGCUCCUCUUCAUCAAGGCCCAUGACAAGGUCUUUUGGGUCGACGAUCCUGACAGCACCAACCCCACCAUUCGAUGUCUAGAAGACGUGGAAGCUGAAGUGGCCCCGGACUCCCGACCCAUUGAGGAAAUCAUCGAGGAACGACGGGCUGCGCUACCACCAGGUGGAACUCCCGUUACUCUGGAGACCUUCAAGGCAUGGAAGGAGAAACGUGAGGCUGAGCGGUUAGAGCGUGUUGAGCAGGAACGUCUCGAGAAUGCCAAAAAGACCGGUGGCACCAAAGGCUUGGUCGGCAUGAGUGGACGAGAUUUGUUCACUUACGACGCGUCACUUUUCAAAGACGAAGAGGGUGCUGUGUCUGCAGAUGAGUACGAUGAACGAGAAGAAGAUCCUCCUGAGGAGGAGGAGAACGACGGCAAGACCAAGGGCGUGGCCUCCGAGCUCCAAGACGACGGCGCCGAGGCCGAGGACGCGGAGGACGCGGAGGACGACGAGGCCGCGGACCCGGCGGCGCGCGGCAGCAACGAGGAUGCGGCCGCCAUCAACGAGAAGCUGUUCUUGCAGGAGGAGGAGCUUCCGGAUGACGACGACGACGAGGCGUUUGGUGGAAGCGCGUGGAAGACUGAGAAAUUUUGUUUCGCAUUUUCACACCAAGUGGCGGCGCCAGCACGGGGCCCCCGUCCGGACGCGACCCCGAGCUGCGCAGGAGACCUGCUACAGCAGAUCAACCGCUGCAAACACGAGCGCGCCUAUUUAAGGGAGGCAGAUGUGUGGCGCUACCUGGACGGAAUGUGCCAAGGUCUCAAGGCGUUGCACGACUUGCGUAUUUUGCAUCGGGACCUGAAAUGUGCCAAUGUGUUUCUGAGCCACUCGCGCGAUGGGUUGAUCGCCAAACUCGGCGAUUUCAACGUAUCAAAGGUGGCGAAACGGGGUCUCUGCAUGACGCAGACGGGCACACCGUACUAUGCUUCGCCCGAGGUGUGGAGGGACAUGCCGUACGAUGCGAAGAGUGACAUGUGGUCUUUAGGCUGUGUGCUGUAUGAAAUGGUAGCAUUGCGACCACCCUUUCGAGCAGAAGACAUGGAGGGCCUGUACCACAAAGUGGUUCGUGGCCAAUAUCCACGAAUUCCUGCUCACUAUGGCCAAGAUUUGGCGGAUGUCAUCGCUGCACUACUGCAGGUCCACCCACGGAAUAGGCCCAGCGUGGAGCAAUUGCUGCAGAUGCCACAGAUGAUGCGGCAUUCCAUUGGCCUUCGAGAGGAAACUCGACCAGCCGGCGACCUGCUUUCAACGAUCAAACUGCCGAAGAACGCGAUUGAUUUGAGUGGCUGUUUGCCCAAGCCGCGCUAUGUACCUUCCGAUGAGGUCCUGCUGCACGACCAGGACCUGGGCCCCCACGUGCCGCCGGCAGAGCGGCCGCCCCCGGAGCGGCUGCCGGCCUCGGCGCAUGCGCACCAAGCGCCGCCGCACGGCAGCGCGCCGGGCAGCGCGCAGGCACCACAAGCGUCGCAGGCGCUUGCGGCGCAUGCACCGCAGCCGCCACAAAUGCCGCGGGGAGAAGACGUGAGGCAUCGACCUAAAGCAAGUCCACUUUCAGAUAGUCAGAGCCGACCUCCCCUACCACCUCGACCACCUCGUGAGCGCCUUGCGCCCUCCAGCGAGGUAGCAUCUCCUCGCGACCGUGGCGCAGACCGCGACCGUGGCCCCGGCGUUGCUGGACCUGUGGCCCCAGUGGCUGUGAACGUGGAUAGCCUUGAUGCCUACCUGCAGCAACGAGAGAAGGCUGGCGAGGAGAGAGACCGUGGAGACCGUGGAGCCCGGGGGCACGUUGUGCACGACCGGCGACGCCGAGAGGAGGCCCAGGGGGCCCCGGGGGCCCCGAGUACCCGGCCCUUGCCUCCAUUGGAUCCGGCCAGCAGAGGCGCCAGCCAUGCCGGCCACGCGUAUGCCGCCCUGCAACUCCCCUCACAUACCGGCUUGUUUCCAGCGUUCUGCCGCGCUGCUAUGGCUUCAGAGACCAUGGCACAGCAGGAGCAAGAUGCCCUGUUGCCUGACGAUGAAGAGUUGUUGCAGUCCAAGAUGGAACGAGCUCGCCGAUAUCAACGUGCGGGUCUAGCGUGCGCGGGAAUCUUUGCUGUGUCGUUGCUGCUCACAUUUUUGACCAGGGAGGAACCCUCCUUCCGCGGCAAGGACGAUGCCCGGGGCUUCAUUCGUUACAGCGAUCCGGUGGAGGUUGACAUCGAUCAGGCGACGAAGGAAUACUCCACGUAUUCCUAUGAUGCCCAGCCCUCGGGGAACCUCUUCUAUUCACCCCAUGCAGCCACGAGCAACGUGGCACCGGCCACUUACGGAGUCCCAAGCGCAGCAAGCAUCUCGAGCACAGCGGCGAGUUCAAAACGAUGCAUCCUUUGCAACCCGAAUCAAUGCACCUUGGACUACAGCGGCAAGGGCGCAUGGACCUCAUGCCCAGCCUCGCAGAAAUACUUCUCCGAGGCACAUUGCAAAUGUGUCAGCAGUUGCUCUGAUCCCUCCGGUCAUGUGCCGACCUGCAAUUUGUGCGAGAACUGCUACACCAAAGCAUGCCUGAUUGACGGUCGCUAUUUGCAGUGCGGGGCGGCUACACCCUACUGGGAGCCAAACAAGAAGACCUGUGCCAGCUUGUGCCAACCUCCUCCGGGACCUUCGCCGUCGCCGUACAGCCAGAGGUAUCCCACACCCAUGCCGAGUCUCGCAGAGAUUUGGGACGUUUUGAAGUCACGGUGUUGGGAUGUUGGCAGCAUUUGUUGA